ACAGCACUCAGAGCGCCAUGUCCUCUCGAUCCAUAACCAUAGUGUCCUCUGGACGGAGCACAGAGCUCAGCUUCAGUGGGGUGAGGAUGCACUCUACUCAGCUCCCCUCACAGCCCAAACUCCCACUGGAGGAGGACAGGGAGUCUGGCAUUGGCUCAACCCUUGACCUCACCGGCAGCUUUGAGGGCUGCAGCCAACAUACCAAUCACCACUCCAGCAAACCUUCACUAAUGGAGACAGGCACAUUCCCCAGGGAGAAAGACAGAUGUACUCAGCCCUCAGGAGAAAGUCCAAACAACAUCAAGAAGGCCCUUAUCAGUCUAUCCAAGAUCCCUCUCCUUUUCAUCCUCCUCUUCCUCUUUGUUUGCUCCUUGGACACUCUGAGCUCUGCCUUCCAGUUAGCAGGGGGUAAAGUGGCAGGGGACAUUUUCCAGGACAAUGCAGUGCUGUCUAACCCCGUGGCAGGGCUGGUGGUGGGCAUCUUAGUUACUGUGCUGGUUCAGAGCUCGUCAACCUCCACCUCCAUUGUGGUCAGUCUGGUGGCCUCAGGACUGUUAGAAGUGAGGUUGGCUGUUCCAGUCAUCAUGGGGUCCAAUAUUGGGACUUCAGUCACAAACACCAUAGUGGCCAUGAUGCAAGCAGCAGAGCGAACUGAGUUUCAACGUGCUUUUGCUGGAGCAACAAUCCAUGACUGCUUCAACUGGCUGUCAGUCCUGGUUCUGUUACCCCUGGAGGUGGCGAGCGGGUUCAUGACUCGGCUGUCUCACCUGCUGGUCACCAGCUUGAGGCUCCAGCCGGGGGAGGAAGCACCUGAGCUACUCAAGGUUAUCACAGAGCCAGUCACAAAGCUUGUAAUACAGCUGGAUAAGUGUGUGAUCACAGGGAUCGCCAUGGGAAAGGAGGGCAUGAGGAACAGGAGCUUGGUGAAAGAAUGGUGCCAGACUGACCUUAUUAUGUCUGAUCACAACUUGACCACUGAAAACUGUGACCUCAGCCACAACUUGUCAUCACAUGUGAAGUGUAGACAUUUGUUUGCAUCUACUGAGAUGUCAGACCUCACAGUGGGCCUUAUCCUACUAGCAGCCUCCCUGGCUGUUCUUUGCACAUGUUUGCUGCUUCUCGUCAAGCUGCUCAAUUCUCUUCUUAAAGGCCAGUUAGCAAAGGUCAUCCACAAAGUCAUUAACACAGACCUUCCCUAUCCAUUUGGGUGGCUGGCAGGAUACAUCGCCAUGUUUGUGGGUGCAGGUGUGACAUUUGUAGUGCAGAGUAGCUCUGUCUUUACAUCAGCCAUGACUCCACUGGUAGGUAUUGGUGUCAUCAGUUUGGAGCGGGCCUAUCCUCUAACCCUUGGGUCCAACAUUGGCACAACCGCCACAGCCCUGCUGGCAGCUUUGGCCAGUCCUGGGGACAAACUUGCAGCUGCUAUACAGAUUGCUCUGUGUCACCUCUUCUUCAAUGUUUCUGGCAUUCUGCUGUGGUAUCCGCUGCCAUUUAUGCGUCUACCGAUACGGAUGGCUCGUGUUCUCGGUGAGCGCACCGCCAAGUACCGCUGGUUUGCAAUCUUGUACCUCCUCCUCUGCUUCCUGCUCCUUCCAUCACUGGUGCUGGGUCUAUCACUGGCUGGUUGGCAUGUUAUGGCUGGAGUUGGGGCUCCUUUCUUGAGUGUUACCAUUUUCAUUACCAUGGUAAAUGUAAUGCAGGCCCACAGCCCCCAUCACCUGCCUACCAAGCUCCAGACCUGGGACUUCCUGCCCAAGUGGAUGCACUCUCUCAAACCACUGGACCACCUGAUCGCCAAAGCAACAAUCUGCUGCAGCUUCUCCUGUGAACGGAGACAAGGAGAAGAAGAAGACGAAGAAGAAGAAGAAGAAGAAGAAGAAGAAGAAGAGGUGCACAUAUCGCCAAGCACAACUUCUUGCAACACACACACAGAGUUUGCAUACGACAACCCAGUCAUAGACUGCCUGGAUGAGAGAAGACCAGGUGUACCAGUUCUUAAAUUAAAAGGUUUAGAGAGGUGCAACAGCACUCCUCUAUAAUUCAUCCAAUAAUGAGGCUGUUUAUUCAAUUUGGUUAAUGACAAUGGCUUUUAGAAAAAUAAUAAUUUUUUUUUUUUUUAAAUAAACAGAUUCAGACUGACUGAUCAUUUGCAAUGGAAAGCCAAGGGAAAUAUUACAAGUUCUGGAUGAGAUCUGAGUUCAGA